AUGGACAGGCUCGACCGCAUCUUCCAGGAGGCGCAGAACCGCGCCGCCUCGGAGGACGGCGGGCCCAAGCGGGGGCUGGAGGCCGCGCUGGCCAGGGACGGGGAGGACGACGCGUCGAAACGCGCGGCGAUGUCCGUCGCCGAUCGCGUCCUCGCCGACUACGAGCGGGGCGAUUACUUCUCGUGCCUCGGGCUGCCUCCGCCCGAUUGCGACGACGCCGGCCGCCCCGUGUGGGACGUGACGGACGCCGCCAUCAGCAAGGCGUACAGGCGCGCGUCCCUCGCGGUGCACCCCGACAAGAACCCGACCCCGGAGGCCAAGGCCGCCUUCGACAAGCUCAACGACGCGGUCAGGGCGCUGCGCGACGACGUGCGGCGCGGGGAGGCGCUCCGGACCUUCGCCGACGUCGCGUUCAAGGAGAAAUGCCGCGCGAACCCGGAGCUCAUGGCCAAGGCGAGAAAGGAUCAGGAGAGAAGGGACGCGGCGGACUACGGCGCCGCGAUACGCGCGCAGCAGGCGCAGCAGCUGGAACGGGCCAUGGCGCGACGCGAGAAGGUUCACGCGGCGCUCAGGCGAAGGCGCGGCGGGGACGACGACGCGAGCUCUUCCGACGCGUCCACCGACGGCGACUCGGACGACGCCGCGAGGGAGGUGGACGCCGAGAAGAAGAAGAAGAAGAAGGGCGAGGGGAGCGGCGGCGGCCGGGUCGAGGCCGAGAGGGGGGCGAGUUCGGCGGCGGCGGUCGCGAACGGCGGCGGCGGCGACGUGAAGCGGCGGAGGUUCGGAGUCGGGGGAAGGCGAGGCGGCAUCCGCGCGGCGAAGGAGGAUUCGGACGAGGACGACGGCGGACUCGCGCGACCGGUGCUCGGAGCCAAGAAGAAGCCGCGGUUCAUCAUGUGA